AUGGAGACAGUAGAUGACUUGGAUACCAUUGACGUGGAAUUGGAUGAGUUUUUCAAACACAAACAAAGAAGUCGAUGUAAAGAUGAGUUCCUAAACACUCUCACAGACGAAGCGAUUGACGGAUGCACCAAACCUGAGAUAAACCUAAAUGAUUUUGAAGGAAUAUCGGAAGAUAAAGCACCACAGGAGAAGCAGAGUGACAGUAAGGGUGACGAUGAAGACAAAUUGCAGUUUCAAUACUCAACCCAUGAUCCGAAGGUGAAAUGGAACAAUAUUAAGCCAUUUCUUGGAGAGAGGUAUGAAUCACCACACCAACUAAGGCUUUGUUUGACAAAUUACUCUAUAAGUAGGGGUUAUCCAAUUAGGUUCAAGAAAUGUGAUAGUGUAAGGCUCGUGGCUGUAUGUGCAAGUGACCCUGAGAAAUUUCAAUGUCCCUUUGUUGUAAGAGCCUCAUGGAUGAGCACUGAAAGAUCAUUCCAAAUCAAAAAACUGGUUGAGCAACAUACAUGUGUUAGGAAUUUCUGUAGUGCUAAUCUUAUGGAUCCCACAUGGAUAGCUAGGCAGUUUCUGAAGGAGAUGAUUAGGAAACCAAAUCUGAAAUGUAAGGAAAUGCAAGCUAUUAUUCAAAGCAGGGUUCCAUUGCAAGGUUUCAUGGUCAAAAUGUUAUAG